GAAGGAAGCGAGGAAGCAAGGAAGGAAGGAAGCCAGGAAGAAAGGAAGCGAGGAAGCAAGGAGGGAAAGAAGCAAGGAAGGAAGCAAGGAAUAAGGAAGGAAGCGAGGAAGCAAGGAAAGGAGGAAGCAAGGAAGGAAGGGUGCGAGGAAGGAAGUAAGCGAGGAAGAAAGGAAGGAAGGAAGCAAGGAAGGAACGAAGCGAGGAAGGAAGGAUGCAAGGAAGCGAAGAAGGAAGGAAGUGAGGAAGCAAGGAAGGGAGGAAACAAGGAAGGGAGGGAGGAUGCAAGAAAGGAAGGAAGGAAGCAAGGAUGGAAGGAAGGAAGCGAGGAAGGAAGGAUGCAAGAAUGCGAGGAAGCAAGGAAGCGAGGA